AUGGAUUUAUGGACUGUGGAGCAGUUAAAAGCUGAGUUGCUAAAACGAGGGCUGGACACAAAUGGUGUUAAAGCUGUCUUAUUUGAUCGACUUAAGGAAUCGGACGCAGAUUUUGCUAGCAAAAAAGGCCAGCAAUCAAAUAGUGGUCAGCAGAGCCUUAUGAAUAUUCCACGUGGUGCUGAUGGUGAUUCUUUUCGCUUUUCUGUUAGAGAUGUGGAAGGCUUAAUCUCGAAAUUUAGUGGUGACGAUAGUUUGUCAAUUAGGUCAUGGUUUGCAGAGUUUGAAGAUGUCGCAGUGCUGUUAAAAUGGUCAGAGCUAGAAAAGUUAAUUUUCGCUAGAAAACAGUUAACAGGUUCGGCGCAGUGCUUUAUGAAAACGUGCACUUGUAGGUCCUUUAAUGAAUUUAGAACAAUUUUAUGUGCGGAAUUUGAAAAAACUUUUUGCAAAGCGGACAUUUAUAUGCGCCUUCAAAAUCGAAAAAUGGGAAAAGACGAAAGUUUUCGCGAGUAUGUCUAUAAAAUGAAAGAAAUCGGGCAGUUAGCUGACGUAGAUGACAUUUCGUUGAUUACGUACAUAAUUAAUGGUAUCGGUGCACGUGAAGAUCAUAAACUUAUAUUAUACGGUGCCAGAAAUUUUUUAGAACUUUUCGAAAAAUAUGAACUCUUUCUGAAAUUUAAAGCCAAAGUUGGAACGAGUUUUGGUGGUGGUAGAAGUGUAGGCAGUAGUAGCGGUGGUGUUAACGGUUCGGGAGCGUCAUCAAAAAAUAGCGGGCAAGGUUACGGUAAAAUGUCACGAGGUGCUGGUUCUCUGCAUUUCUUCAAUUGCAGUUCUUCUGAACAUCAGAGGAAAGAAUGCCGUUCUCCAACUAAGUGCUUUCGAUGUAGCGGGACAGGCCACAUGUCGAAUAACUGUCCGUCGGUGAAACCUAAAGAGGCUAAUGCAUUUUCCGUAAUUAAUUUGAAACAAAUCUAUGUGAACGGGAUUCCUUUUAAAGCAUUAAUAGAUUCUGGUGCUGAAAUUACUUUAAUUCGAAAAGAUAGUUUUGUAAAGCUGGCUGAUAUUGAUCUAGGUAAAGAGAAGGUAAAUUUAGUUGGUCUAGGUUCAGGAAAGCAUAGUACUCUGGGUAGUUUUGAAGCUAAUAUGAUGAUAGACAAUGUUAAGCUGAUGGGUAUUAUGCACGUAGUUCCAGACAACUUCAUUCGCGUCGAUGCAAUAAUCGGGCGUGAUGUUAUGGCACAAGCUAAGGUGGUCAUGGUUGAUGGAGAGACGACAUUUUAUGGUAAAGAAGACGGGAAUUUCAUCAUGAACAUCGAUUUAGAUGAGAAAAACGAUAUUGAAGUCCCAAUUCAAUAUGAGCCUCGAGUCAAGGAGCUCAUUUCGAGUUUCACGCCGAAAGCUGUAAGUCAUUGUCCGAUUACGAUGACGAUUGCGUUGAGUGAUGAGACUCCUAUCUAUUCAACUCCACGACGUCUUCCAAUCAAUGAAGCUGAAGUUGUUAAGAAGCAGGUUGAUGAGUGGAGUAAAUCAGGAAUAAUUCGACCAUCAUGUUCACCUUUUACCAGCCGAGUCGUUGUAGUUAAAAAGAAGGGUGGUGCUUUCAGAGUAUGUAUCGACUACAGGGGAAUCAACGAGCUGGAUUUCCAAUACCACUUAUUGAGACCGUUUUGGAUAAUUUGGAAGACGACGUGA